AUGCCCAAGCCGUUUUCAGAAAAGAUUUUAGAGAUUUCUAAUAAGUCUAAGGCUAGAGAUUAUGAUAUUGAGGAUGAGGAAGCGAUAUUUGAGCAUGAAGAAGAUUUUAGCAACGAAUCUUCAAGCGAUGAGAAUGAUGAGCUAAAGAAGAAACAUUACGUUGAUACGGAUGGUUCAAGGUUGCGCAAAGAUAAUGGAAUUGAAUUGGAAGAUGAGAAGUACGAAGGUAUAAAGGGGUCUAGAGGAAGUUUAUUUAACGAUGAAGAUGAAGAUGAAGGUGUUGAAAGUGGCACUGGUGAUGAAGAAGAAAGCGGCGAAGAGCAUGUUGAUGAAAGUGACGCUUUCUCACUUCGUACAGAUUCAGAAAAAUCCGAGGCUGAAUUAUCAGACAGUGAUUCUGGUGGAGAAGUUUUGUCUGAUGAAGAUGUUGAGGCUAGACGAGAAAUGUUGACAAAACUUGUUGAGAAAGAAGCCCGCAAAGCCACUGAUAAAUUUUCUGAAUCAAUUCAGAGGGAUGCAUUGAAGGGUUAUACUAUUCUACAACAGGCUAAAUUCUUUGAUCAUAUUAUUGACGCGAGGAUCAAACUUCAGAAGGCUUUAAGCGCAUCAAACCAACUCCCACUAACUAAAGAAACUUGGGAUACUUUGUUGGAUGAUGAAAAUAGACAGUUGCUAGCAUCUAAUCUUAAACUCCUUCAUAAAGUUAUGGAUCAAUGCAGAGAGCUAAGAGCUGAUUUUCAAAAUAAAGAACAUAUCAACAAAACGGAAAUUAAUUAUACUGGUAAUAACAAGAGGAGUUUUCAGGAACUCAUUGAAGGAUCUGAACAACUGGAUGCUAGUUUAAGAGACUACCGGGGGGCUGUGUUAAAUAAAUGGUCUGUUAAAGUUUCUGUAGCGUCAGGACAGAUGGCGCUAUCCUCCUCAAAGUUUAAAGCUAUCAACCAGCCAGCUGAUGUUCAAGUUGAAAACCAGUUGGCAGAUAUGCAAAGGUUACUGAAACGUACUAGAUUGAACAGAAGAAAUUUGAAACCAAUUGGGUUUGAAAAGGACUAUGAAUAUGGGAGGUUAACCUUACUAAAACUUAAUGAAGAAGGACGGGACGCCGACAAUAACGAUGAGCUUGAUAUCCCAAAGAACUAUGAUCCAAGGAAAAAGGAUAGUGAUCUAAUUGACGUAUCUGAGAAUCCAUAUAUUUUCGACGAUGAGGAUUUCUAUCGAGUAUUAUUAAAUGAUUUGGUUGAUAAAAAAAUUGCAACAGCGCAGCAAGGUAACAACGGCGUUCAAAUAGCCAUAACAUCUCGUGCACAAAACAAACUAAAAAAUAAUGUCGAUACCAAAGCAUCGAAAGGCCGUAAGCUAAACUACACUAUCCAAGAAGCUAUUAAAAAUUAUGAAGCGCCACUGAAUGGUGGAUUCAAGUGGUCCGAUGAGCAGAUAGAUGAACUUUUCGCGGGGCUCCUAGGCCAAAGGGUGAACUUUAGCGAACGGGAUACGUCUGAAGUGGAAGAUGAUGACGGAGAUGUAAAUGCAAUCAAAAAUGAUAAUAUCCAAAUAUUUAGUUGA